AUGUUGCAAUUACACAUCCAGUUCCUCACCCGCUGUAAAAGAAAGGGUCUGAUACCGAACUUCAUCCAUAUGAAGCCAUCCACCAACAGUGAAGCAAGUAAAAGAGCUACCAAUAGUGCCAAGAAGAUCUGGUUAGUUGAAGAAAUUAGGUGGAAACAUAAGAAAUUGUCCGAAGUCGAAGAGCAGUUAUAUCCACUCCAUUUGCAAUUGCUGCAAAAAGUGGAAUUUCAUACUGUAACCGAGUGUAUCCCGCGAAGAUGUGAUGAAGAGAAGAAAGAAUGCUGGCAAGCGGCGUUGUGGAGUGUUACCCACAAUCUAGAAAAACGAGUGCGCGAUACGAAGUUACGACACCGCCAAAAGCUACGAUCUCUCGAAAACACACAGGCACCCAUGAAAACGAAAAGUGCACCGCGAACGAUAGACAAUUUCGUAGUGAACCUCUCUUCCAUCCAAUUUACGAAAGCAGAGCUAGAUUUGCUCAACAAAGGGUUAAAUUUUGCUAUCUCCCCCCGGUGUGCCCCCCUUGCCGAUAUCGUGAGCAAUAUCGAAAGUGCCAUUCAGUUCGAGAAUCACGCGUAUAAAGCAGCCACCCGUCACAGUGUUAAGGAAUGCAUAGUGAGAGCGGCGAGCAAAAAGGAGAACAAAAAUCGCGCCAACUUCGAUACGUGGUGCACAAUCCGUCUGUUGAAAUCUCGUGAUGUGAUAUACUCUCGUGCCGAUAAGGGGAACGCGGUAGUGAUUAUGGAUAAAGAAGAUUACGACUCGCGCGUUCGCGACAUGAUCAGUGCCGGUCCGUAUGAAGAGUUUACUUUCAAAAACGGAAAGCCGAAAGAUCCUCUUAACAGAAUGGUUGAGGAAGUGAAUCAUGUCCGGAAGAAGGUAGCUAACUUGAUGGGCGAAGACAGGUUGGAAAGAAAGUUCCAUGUUCCAAACCCGACGGUGGCAUCCCUGUAUUGCCUACCAAAGAUUCAUAAGAAUCCGGUAGGUAUGCGCCCGAUCUCGUCCAACAUCCGUACCCCUACCGAAAAAAUGGCAGCGUGGCUAGUGGAAGAAAUGAGAAAAUACCCUGUGAAGCAUGGAAAAGGUGUUAAAAACUCGGUGGAUUUGGUUGAGCAGCUAGAGGGGUUCAAAUUGCGACGAGGUGAAAUUCUGGUAUCGUUCGAUGUCGCCGCUCUAUUUCCGAGCGUACCAGCCACUGAAGCUCUGCAAAGCCUGCGCCGACACUUGGAACGGUGCCGAGUGCCGCUAAACCACAUCGAGGCUUAUCUCUCUGUUGCCAAGGUCUGUAUGAACCAAAAUUUUUUCAACUUCCGGGGAAAAUACUACAAACAGACCUUUGGCCUGAGCAUGGGUAGUAAGCUCUCUCCACUUCUGGCCGAUUUGUUUAUGAGCGAUCUAGAAAAUGAAGCCCAAAAACAGAAGCUUUUUCCUCGAGUGUGGUGGCGCUACGUAGACGAUGUUUUCGCCCCGGUGAAGGAACGGUACGUAGACCAGACACUUAGCAUGCUAAAUUCACAACAUGAAACGAUCAAAUUCACGGUUGAGAAGGAAGUAGACGGGAAGUUGCCAUUCUUGGAUCUGAUGAUUAGCAGAAACGAGGAUAACUCUCUGAAAUUUGGGAUUUAUCGCAAACCAACUAGCACAGAUCGGUACAUAACAUCCGAUUCCAACCACUUUGGUGCCCAAAAGCAAGCCGCCUUCCAUUCUAUGGCUCACCGGCUCUACAAUGUACCGUUGGAUAGCGUAGAAUUCAAGGAUGAACAAAAUCGAAUUUACGCUGCAGCCGAGCCUCCAGCUGAUGCUUCUCGGCUAGAAAAGCUCGCUCGCUCAGCUUACUGCAGUAGGAGGCGAUCGUCCAACGCCUUAGAUUCUUUUAGUUGCCUCAACCGCAAACGGGCAUUCGAGCUUCCGGAGCUGACCGAAAUCGCUGAGCUGUUAGUGCCGUCGUCCCGGCUGGAGCAAUAUCCACAAUGCCAUGGCUUGUUGCAGAUAGAGGCUUGA